CCUGAGAAGGAUGACUGGGAAAACUCAAACCAGCAAUAUAACAAACAAGACAGAUCCUCGCUCGCUGAAUUCCAGAGUGUUCAUUGGUAACCUCAACACUGCUGUGGUCAAGAAAACUGACAUUGAGCUCAUUUUUGCCAAGUAUGGCAAGAUUAUGGGCUGCUCUGUGCACAAGGGCUUUGCUUUCGUCCAGUAUGCCUGCGAGAGGAACGCUCGAUCGGCUGUGGCUGGUGAGAACAGCAGGGUGCUGGCCGGACAGACCUUAGACAUUAACAUGGCUGGAGAACCACGUCCUUACAGGCCAAAAGUGGGAUCCAAGCGACCUUUCUCCUUAUACAGUGGCUAUGAAUUUCAUUAUGAUUUCUACAGGGAUGAUUUCUAUACCAGGAUUUUUGACAUUCAUGGGAGAUUAGCACCGUCCCCUCGGGCUGUGAUACCUAUCAAGCAUUCCCGUUUGGUUGCGCUCUCAACACGCAGGACAAAAAACUCUUUCCAGCCAAAGAUUUCCACCUGCUCUUCUUAUCUAAAAACGAUGUCGUCAGGUUCCUUAUGCUCUAUGGUGAAAUCCGAUCAGCUCCUGACAAUCAAGCAAGAACUGUCCCAGAUAAAGAUUAAGAUCGACUCCUUGCUGGGAAGGCUAGAGAAGAUUGAACAGAAGCAGUUAGCAGAAGCAGAAGCCAACAGGAAGCACGAGAAGGCCUAUCAAUCUCUCUAUAGAGAGACAGAAGAGGAUGUGGAUCAGGAACAUCAGGAUGCGGGGUCUUGGGAAGUGACUGAUGAUGGUGAUGAUGGAAAUGACAGGGCUAAUGGUGAACUGAUAGAAAACCACAUAUCUGAUGUAGACAACUGAGCAAGGACUGGGACCAGCACUCCUAUCAAGUUUACUGUUUUUGGAAGAUAUCCAGUCAGAAUUCCCUUUCAUGUCGAUUUAUUUAUUUGUUUGUAUGUAUUUUUUUUUUUAUUCAUUCAACUGGUCAUACUUUUACAUACGUAAGUAUGUAUAGUCAGACAAAAAAAGAUGAAACUAUAACUUAAUAUGUAAAAUAAUUAAUGUAUUUUAUUUAGAAAAUGUGAUAAACGCUGUGUCAUGGUCAUAAAGGUUUACAAAUAA